AUGAUCCCACAGAGCGGGGGUAACUACACAUACCUGCUCGAGGCGUUCGGUCCCCUGCCAGCCUUCCUCUACCUGUGGAUGGUGGUGAUGAUCAGCAUCCCUGGCAGCCGGGCCAUCGGGGCGCUCACCUUCGCUAACUACAUCCUCCAGCCAUUCUUUCCCGGCUGUCAGGAACCUCCACAGUCCGCUGUCACGAUCGUUGGGAUUCUCCUCGUCGUUACGCUAACUUGGAUCAACUCAAGGAAGGUGAAAUGGGCGACGACGGUGCAAGACGUAUUGGCCCUGACGAAGGUGUUGGCUCUCAUCAUGAUUAUCGUGGUCGGCGUCAACCAUCUGGCGUGGGGCCGUAGCCAGCACUUCCAGGACCCGAUGGCCGGCAGCAACUGGAGCCCCGUUCUCAUAGCCACGGCGUUCUAUCACACGCUAUUCUCCUAUGGCGGCUG